AUGAGAGUCUCAAUAGCCGUCUGGCUGGUGUCGCUGAUCCAGGUGAUCCAAUGUUUAAAAUGGCAAGAUAUCGUCCAAUUGAGAGACCAGGACGGACUGAUAGAAGUCAGCGAUGACAACUAUCACAAAUUAUCGCAAGGCUCGAGAUCUUUUUACUCAAUUGUGUAUGUCACCACCUCCCAAACGAAUAGCAACGGCGACAAAUGUGAAUUGUGCGAGGAUUUUGAAAUCAGUGUUCGCAAAGUCUCUCGAGCAAUGCUAGAUCAACUGUCUGAAGAAAUAAACCAGGAAGCGUUCUUCUUCAAACUGGACAUUUCACGGUGCAAAGAUUUUGUGAACGAUAUAGGCUUGAAAACGAUACCGCAUAUGCUAGUAUUCCCUCCUCACGCCCAGGAUGAGAACUUUUCAUGGUCAAAAAAUCAGUUUUUCCAAUACAAAAUCACCCCAGGAAGCGCUACAGAUUCGCUCUUAUUUGCUGACUUUCUGGCUAAGAUCUUGAGCGUCUACAUUCAGAUGGCGCAGGAUUUCGAUGCAAAUGAGUUCUUAUACUACUUUGCAGCUUCCUUAAUCGCAUUUUACAUUUUGAAGAAAAAGAUUCUGCCGCGUAUAUCCCACAAGGGAUUGUUUUUCUCGCUGUGCUUUUCAUUAGCUUGCAUUCUCAUAUCCAUCACCGGCUAUAAGUUCACACAAAUGAAUAAUAUCCCGCUUAUAGCCAGAGACAAUAGUGGAAGAAUAAUGUUUUUUAGUGGCGGUAUGGGUUGGCAAUUUGGGAUUGAGAUUUUGACCGUGUCGGGCAUGUAUAUCUUGUUAGGCGGAUGCACCGUUUUCUUGGUUCUGUUACCUCGAUUGAAACUGAAACCUGUAUUUUCCAAUUUUGCCACAUUCGCUUUACUGGCAUCGGGUGCGUACGGGUUUUUCUACUUCGUUGAAUGCUUCAGAGUUAAGCAGCCUGAUUAUCCGUUCGGAUUAUAA